AUGGCCUCGGAAAGACUGCUCACGUACUUCGACAUCACAAUUGGAGGGAAGCCUACCGGGCGUAUUGUGAUACAACUCUACAACGAUAUUGUCCCGAAGACCGUGGAGAAUUUCCGUGCGCUUUGCACGGGAGAGAAGGGCGAAGGCAAGUCGGGUAAGCCAUUAUGGUACAAAGGCUCGACGUUCCAUCGAGUGAUCAAGGGGUUCAUGAUUCAGGGUGGAGACUUCACCGCUGGUAACGGCACCGGAGGCGAGUCAAUCUAUGGCGAGAAGUUUGAGGAUGAAAACUUUGAGGUUAAGCAUACGAAGCGCUUCCAGCUCUCAAUGGCAAACGCUGGUCCCGGCACGAACGGCUCGCAGUUCUUCAUCACCUGCAACCCGACGGAACACCUCGACGACAAACACGUCGUCUUCGGCGAGGUGAUCCGCGGCAAGUCUGUCGUGCGCGCCAUCGAACACACGCCAACUGAGUCAGGAGACGUGCCUUCGUCUCCAUGCGUGAUUGCUGACUGUGGCCAGCUCGCGCCGGACGACCCGUCCCUCGCGGAGAGCGCGUCUGCAGGCGGAGAUCCGUACGAAGAUUAUCCCGAGGAUCAGGACCUCAUCGACGGGAAGAGCCCGAUGGACGAUCCUGUUGUCUCACUCAGGGUCGCUAAAGAGGUGCGGGAGCUAGGGAACAAGCUGUUCAAGGAGGGCAAGGUCGAAGAAGCGCUCGCGAAGUGGCAGAAAUCAAUACGAUACUUGGACAUGCAUCAGACCGUGCCCGAAGGUGCACCGCCCGAGCUGAAGGAUUCCUACGAUGCACUGCUGGCACCGCUCCUGCUCAACUCGGCGUUGGCUGCGCUGCGUCUCGGUGGCUCCGCGAAUGCCGGAAUUACACUGCGCGCAGCUGACCGUGUGUUAGAUAUGGAACUGAAUAAUUCUGACAAGGCUAAAGCGCUCUAUCGGCGAGCAUUGGCAAAUGCGGUCCUCAAGAAUGAAGACAACGCGGAGGAAGACCUUUUAGCUGCGCAUGAGCUUGUGAAGGAUGACAAAGCUAUCAUUGCUGAGCUCGAAAAGAUACGGCAGAAGAGGAGGGAGCAGAAGGAGAAAGAGAAAAAAGCGUACAAGAAGUUGUUUGCAUGA